ACUGAUCAGUCACUCGCAAGCUUUAAUAUAAGAAUUUUUAUUUAUCAGAUCACACUUUGAGUAACAUUACAUUUGUAACAAUAUAAUAUCUUUAAAAUAGUUAAAAAUUAAAUAAAAUUUUACUGAAUUCAUAGGUUUGUUAUGUAGGGGAGAACUGGGGCAAAUUCGAUACUAUUUUUUGAAAGAAUUAAAAGAAGAUAGCAGAAGGAAACGAAACUUGAUUAUACUGGCUAAUUAUUUCGUCAACAAACGAUGAUCACUGUUAUAUUGUUAUCAUUUAUCCUUAUUCUAUUAAUGUAUAAUUAUUAUGUGCAUCAUGGAAAAAACGGACGACUUAUCAAUUUUAUACCAGGACCACCAGGCCGUCUGAUUCUUGGAAAUAUAUUGGAUAUCCUUGUUUCACGAGAAGAACUAUGGAAGCUGCAGAAUACUUUUAAUCAGUACUAUCCCAUUUAUAAAAUUUGGGCAUUCUUUAUUCCUACAGUAGUUAUUCAACACCCGGAUGAUUUAGAGACAAUAUUAAGUAACACAAAACACAUUGAAAAGAGUCUUCUUUAUGAUAUUUUACAUCCUUGGCUUGGUACAGGUCUUCUCACUAGUGCAGGCGCCAAGUGGCAUCCACGACGAAAAAUCUUAACCCCCACAUUUCAUUUUAAUAUAUUGCAGCAGUUUGUUGAGAUUUUGAUCGAGGAAGGCGAAAGCAUGACCAAGUCUUUAAAAAAUACAGGAGGCACCAUUGUGAAAGAUUUAGUACCAUUUUUUAGUGAACAUACGUUGAAUGCAAUAUGCGAAACUGCCAUGGGCACUUCUCUACGAGGUCUUGGUGCGUUUCAGAAGCGGUAUAUAGAAGCAGUUCAUCGGAUGGGCGAACUAGUUACUUAUAGGGCAAUGAGGCAAUGGCUUUUCGUCAAUUGGAUAUUCUCGUUAACUCCAAAAGGCAGAGAGCAAAAAAAGGUUUUGAAGGUAUUACAUGGAUUUACUGAACGAAUUAUUGCUGAGAGAAAACUUUAUCAUGAUCGCACUAACAAUCAAUACUUGAAAAGUUUUGGUAAUGAUACGUCGGCGGAGAGAGAUGACGUAGAACCGAUAGGACGUACGUAACGUAAUCAGUAGCUAUUUUUAAAACAUCUUGUCAAUGUUUAAUAUUAUAAUUUACAUUUUACAACUUAUUAAUAUUAGCCAGUUGAAGUUUGAAACGUUCCUUUAUUCUUGCUACGCUGAAAAUAAUUUAUUCCAUUUCUCCUAUUGGCAUAGAGGAACUUCCGAGCGUCAUCCACAAAAUUUAGUCACAUAAUUUACGUCAUGCACGUAAUACUUAUCAGUACAAAAUUACCUUUUUUAAAAAAAGUAAAAAAAAGAAAACGCCAAGUACACGCGCAAUGUAUUAGGUUGGCAACUAAGUUUCCGCCGUUUUUUUAAAUUUUAACAUUCCGCAUGUCAUUAAAUGUUUUUGACAUAAUGUUUUAAAUCAUUCAAGGUUCAGAAGUGUGGAGCAUGGGUUCCGCAUGCUUUAAGUGACAACAACAAAAAUUAACGAGCUACAAUCUCCGCUGGUUUGCUUGCUUGUCACCGCUCAACUCAUGGACACAAGCAACGAUUUCUUUACCGAUUAACGAUUUCAACACGGCUAUUCAAAAGAAAAGACCUAAUCGGCAGCAUGGAGUUCUUUUGCUGCACGACAACGCCCGCUCUCAUAUCGCCAAUAUGACCAAGGAAGCCAUUCAAACGCAUGGCUGAAGAACUCCAUGCUGCCGAUUAGGUCUUUUCUCUUGAAUAGCCGUGUUGAAUCGUUCCAUUUGUUGAACAUAGAGUUCCGCGUUGACCGUUUAGUUCCGUUCAAGCAAUUCGUAAUGGAUAAUCUCUUCCCAGUCCCACCAUACGCACAACAUCGUUUUACGCGGAUAAAGAUCUUGUUUCACGCGCGGUGUUGCCUGUUUACCGGGGCUAAGCCAUUGCUUGCGCUGCUUCAUAUUAAUGUACAGGCACCAUUUUUCGCCACUAACGAUUCGGUAAAGAAAUCGUUGCUUGUGUCUAUCAGUUGAGCGGUGACGAGCAAGCAAACCAGCGGAGAUUGUGAUUGAUUUUUAUCGUUGAUUUUUAUUGUUGUCACUUAAAACAUGCGGAACCCAUGCUCCACCCUUCUGAACCUCGAAUGAUUUAAAAC